GACUACUUUGGGCAGAUGCCAGGGCUGGGCCUCUCUCUAACAGCGGUGGACUCAGGCCUUCUCUCACCCCUGAUCCCCGGUCAGACCAAGCUCUCCUGGUUCCUGCUGGCCCCUGAUGGGGACUCUGUGGCUGGCACUGGGGUCAUCCUCCCCUACACCAGCUCUGACCCAGUCCCUGGAGCUUGUAAUCUGGAGUUUGACCUGGACAUUGACCCAAAUGUCUAUCUCCACUACAACAUUUUUGAGACUACUAUCCGCUUUGCACCUGCAAAUAUUGGAUAUUCAAGGGGCUCCAAUCCGCCCGCCUGUGACACUGAAGUAGGUGAAAACACUCGAUGGCGCCUGAGGUAUGACAUCUACCAGUACUUCCUGCCUGAGAGCGACCUUUCAGAGCAGAGCCUCAUCACCAGCAUCCAGAGUGUGGCCAAUGUGCAGACCAUGAGAGAGCAUGGGAAAAGGCUCAUGACACUAUCAUCCAAUGAUAAGACAGAGGUAGUGUUUAGCUCCAUCCCGGGCCAGGGUGUCAUCUACUCUGUCAUAGUCAGAGACCCAGUGCUUAACACCUCUUCCUCGUAUAUCCCUGUCCACACCUACGCCUGCAGCUUCUCCUCCACCCUGGAUGGCUGUGACACUCUGGGGAAGAUAUCCACAAGGAUCUUCUUCACCAUCGCUGGUUUAGCUGGCCUCUUCGUGUGCUUCUUUGGGCACCGCUUUUUCAAAUGUGAGCUAUUCUGUAUGGGCUUUGGCUUUGCAGCAUUUAUUUUUUUUGUCCUGAUCACAAGAACUACAAAACUGGACUAUGACAUCCGCCUGACCCUGACAGCAGUGAUUGGCGUAGUGGGGGAGUUAUCCUGGUGAUGAGCUGGUGGCGCUUCGGCUCAGUUAUGUCCUGUGUCGUCGUCGUCGGUCUCAUGUUGGGGUUCCUCAUCUCCUCC